AGUAACUAUAAAGCUCAAGAUGCCGAAAAGGAAAAAAAUAUCAUGACUCUGCCACAAAAUAAUCUGGAUGAUUCCUAUCAUGAAAGUCAUACGCUUGCUGUAGUAGAAAUGGAACCACCAAAUCUGGAGGAGGAAACCCCAAACGAUGUUGGAAGAGGAAAACGAAUUAUAAAACCUCGAAUUAGGUACACACCUACCUCCGAGGAAUUACAAAGCAAUAUUAAUCAAAAUCAGGCUACUCAGAUGCAAAGCAGACAAGUUGAUCAGCAAUGUCAUGCUACUGCAGAAGAGAUUGCCAAGCAGAGAGCUCUUGAUGAGAGACGUAAGGAAGCGAAAGCUUUUAAUAAAAAAGUAAAGGAAGGAAAAAAGAAUGUUAGUCUCCAGAUGGACAUUCUAUGUUUGGAGAGUGCUUUAAAUUAUCAAUACAAAACUGCAGACAUUAAAGUCAAAGAACGGGUUUUUAAGAGAGUUGUAACAAGACCAAUGGCAACGCAAACUAUACAAUUUGAAAAUGUGAUACCUUCUUCUCAUGAUCAAGUUGAGGUCGAAAAUUCUUUGCGUGCAGAAAUUGACGAUUUAAAAAGACAAUCAGCUGCCAAGGAUGCGGAAAUAAGAGUUCUUAACACUUUGUUAGGAAAUGUGUUGCCAAAUGCAGCAAAUCCACAAAAUAAUUUUAAUUUGGACGAUAUCCGAAAUGUAGUCAGAGAAGAAAUGGCACCAGACAGACAACAACAGCUUCCCGACGAAAAUGUUUUAAGGCAGCAUUUAGGAAAUAGAAGAAGUAGGGUUAUGCAUGCCGGUGUUGAAAUAACUAAUGGGGAUCUUCAAAAAGCAAAAAACAGUAGAACAUAUUCAACUCGAAUAAACCACCUUGUGAGUGGUUACUGGCUGGAGGAACAGAUUCCUUUCGUGGCAGCUACAAGACCGCCACAUAAUGUUGAUCAGAGAGAUUUCAUUAAAAUCAAUGAUAAUGACGUCUUAAACAUUCAGAGAAUUCUCAAUAGUCUUCAGGAAGGAGUGGAUAGAAUUCCUGAUAUCACUCCUGAAGAUCUUCAGUUCACUGCGAUUAAAAGGCGCAUUAUAAACAGCCUUAGUUAUCUUCGCAGAGAAUAGUAAUAAGGCGAAAAAAAGCUUACCCAGCUAUCACUUUUUUAAAUUAAAUUAAAC